CCCCUCAGUUGUCAGCCAUCACAAAAACUUGUUGUCAUUUUCCUUGUCAAUGGCCUGAAACGCCAUCCUUCGAAUUGAGUGAUUAUAUAGAUAAUGCUUUAAUUGAAAAUAAUCAAUUCCUGAUUGCGAAGCAUUCAUGGAAUAUCGGACUAUUGUGUAUAACGCAGCUAGAGACGGUAAAUUAGGCCGUCUACGUGUAUUUUUAGACCAACGUUCAAGAGAUGAAGUUUCGAUGCUGAUUCAUGCUAAAACAAAUGGUGCUACUCCUCUAAUUAUGGCUGGUAGAAAUGGUCAUCUAGAAGUAGUUAGGUAUUUGGUAGAACAGUGCAAAGCUGAAAUAGAGCAAGUAGGCUCAGUUACUUUUGAUGGUGAGACUAUUGAAGGUGCCCCACCUCUUUGGUGUGCCGCUGCUGCGGGACAUCUUAGUAUUGUGAAGUAUCUUGUGGAACAUGGGGCAAAUGUUAAUAAAACAACCUUCACAAAUUCAACUCCACUAAGAGCAGCAUGCUUUGAUGGACAUUUUUCAAUUGUUAAAUAUCUAGUUGAACAAAAGGCUGACAUCGAAAUAGCAAAUAGACAUGGCCAUACUUGUUUGAUGAUAUCCUGUUACAAGAAGCAUUUGCAGAUUGUUGAGUAUUUACUGAAACUUAAAGCUCAAGUAAACAGGAAAAGUAUAAAAGGUUUGUCAUCUCAAUACUUAGGAAAUUGAAACAAAAUUCAUUUUUCUAAACAUUCCAGGGUUGCACUAUGCCAAUGUCCAUGACUGGCCCAUCCCUUCUUAUUUAAUUACAAAUUACGGCUAGAUAAAUUUGCACAUGUUUUCUUUUUUAACUUUUUGGUUAUAUAAAUUACCAUUUGGGAAUAUUAGCAUGACAGCAAGCUUUCUACAUAGGACUUAGUAAUUUUUGUUUCUAAAUUUGAAAAUGUUUAUUUUUUAAACAAAUGUUUGUCUGAAAUGUCUGUCAUAAUUUAAAAAGUUCAUUUACUCAUUCCCUCCUGCAAUGCUACUUCCAUACUUAAUUUAUUUGCCAGAGAAAGGGAAGUAACUCCGUUUUGUAAUUGAUUAAAAUGUAAAAUAUUUAUUUAAGCUGCUAAAUAUUAUUUAAAGUUAAUGAAUUAAGAACAAAUGCAACAAAAGAUGAAUAAGGUUUAAUAAAAAUAUAAAAUUAGCAGGAAAAAAUAACGAACAAUGACCAAAAAAUUGAUUUUCGGUACCUCUGACGAACACAUGCUACAUAUAGAUGUGCCGUACUAAAGCACAUGUAGUUUUAAAGUGAAACAAGAUAAAAAAUUCCGGUUUUUAAAUUGAAAUCACGCAGAAACCGGGCCAUCACCAGAAGUUUCGAGAGAUGCGAGAUUUCAUUGCUAUUUUUAAAUAGAAAUGAGAGAGGUGUGUCGCUAUGCGCCGGGACGCAUUUGGGCGCAUCAGGCAAAACCCCCCCAGGACGCAUUUAGUCGCAAACGUCUAGAAUGAGUUAACUCGUUCCUGAUGGUUCUAACUAAAUAUGUCAAUCAGAUGUACUGCCACUUAUGAUUGAACACAAACCAAACUAAAUGUCAUUCAGAUGUACUGCCAACAAGGCAUUGAAGCCGGAGCUAUUGUUUUCACUUGCACCAGAGCCGAAAUAUUUGCUGACAUAUUUCGCUCCAGCUCCAUAGCAAAUCUUCUAUUCCAACUAUGAAUGUUAAUAUGUGCUCUUUAAAUUAAUUUCACAAGUAAAGAUUCUUUUAACCAAAAUUUCAAAGAUACUUGUAAGGAAAUGGAAGAAAAAGGACGCUUAAAAAUCAAAUCAGCUUUCCAGGGAAUUGAACACUACCCAAAAAAUAUUCAAGAGGCUUGCAGAAUAGUCACUUGUUCGCCAGUUUCACAAGCAAGGCUAUUUUCUGCACUUAAGUUUAUAGCAAGUGAUUUGCAUCUUCGCUUAAACCAGAUAUUUUGGAAAAUAUUUUAUUUCUGAGGAUCAAUCAAGAUUUUGCUGAUUAACUGGUUAACUACCAUUAGCCGCUUGGAACGGCUAGGCGUUUUUUUCGUUAUGGCAGCUGGUAGCGCCAAUGUUUGUAUCGUAGUAAAUGUCACCUAGAUUUAAUUCAGCCACAGCGGGUUUUUCAAUUUGGUAGCUAAACAGUUAAUAAAGUUAUACCAGGAUUAUUAUACUUAAUUAAGUUAUUUUCCUUUAAAUAUAAUAAGAAAUGUUUUUCUAUUUUAUAUGCACAUUUAUUUUGAUUUGUUUUAUUAUUUUUUGUCUUUGCUCGUCAUUUUCUUGGCCGUUACCUUUGUAUUUUUCUUAGAGUAAUUUAAGGAAUUUAAAAAUAUAAAGAUGUUCAGGUACUUUAUUAGAAAAUCAUACUUUUUUUACCCUCAUAAGUACAUCUAAGUGAGUCAGGCUUCUGCUUCUAGUGAGAUUAAAAUAAAUCUUUUUAACAUUCUAAAUAGCAUCCCUAAACUUGUUGUUCUAACAGUGGAAAAUUGCCCUCCUCUCACUGAUCUUGCUGGGGUGUUAAAUGCUUAGCAGAUGUUGGGUGACACUGGGAUUGCCAUUGUAGGUGUGAAUUUUAGUCAUUUAGAAAUACAUCUGUUAGAGAAAAAUUUAUUUGUUGAAAGUCAAGCUUUAGUUUGUAACACUGUAAUGUAUUUAAUUCAUUACACUUGUUUCACGAUGUGGCCUUCAUCUCAUUCUACUUGUAGUACCUGAUACUUCAAAUCAAUAAUUUUCUUGUGAGCUUAAACAUUCUGCAUGCCAUGGACUUUGAUUUGUUGCCCUUUUUUUUUUUAAAUUUGACUUUCAAAAUCCUUUACGGUAAGUACGGAAAUCUUUUUAAAAUAUCCCGAUCAUCUUAAAAUCAUCCUCAAACCACUUGUAAUCUUCUCUCUGAGGAAUAUCUGAACCCUUGACUCAUAUUUAAGAUUUAAAUUCUUGGGAAAUAUAGCACAAUCUUUGGGCACUAUGGCAUAAUCCUUCUCCCCUUGGGAAUUAUGGCACAAUCCUUAUGGUUACUUAUAUUUAUUUUAACUAUGUUUGGUGGCCGCCCCCUUUUUCUUUCAAAAUUAAGAAAAUAAUAAAUCAAAAUCUCAAUUACGGUCUUUGAUUGCACCCUGGAUUCUGUUGUAAGUCCUUGCAUAAUGAAGAAGGGUUUUAAAUGAAGACUUAAUAAAAUAUUCACACCAGGGUAUUAGAAGUGAGUAGUUGGGAUUAAAAAACUAUUUAAAAUUUUAUUGUUGGAUUUGCAAGACAAAAUAAGGUAUCAAAUGAAAGAUAAUUGAAUGGACUAUAUGUUUGUAACUUAAUUCUUCAGUUUAACUAAAAUAAACUACCACAAAUGACAUCCCCAUAGCUUGAGUCUAAUAGUACCCGGGUGCGAAUGGCGGUGCUGUGUGUCUGGGUCCAUUUUGAUUCUGUACGAAUAGUCGCAGCCAUCAAUUUAUUCCUUGUGGUGUAUGUUGUUAUCUUUGGUAAAUAGAACUAAUAUUAGGGCUUGAGACAUAGCUAAAUUAAAGAAAGAUGCUAAAAGAGUUGCUUUCAUCAUAUCAGGAUAUUGAUAUCUUCAAAGCUUGGAAAAAAGUGAUUUUUAUUUUGCUGUCAUAGAACAAAAAAAUUGACCAGAGGAAAAAAAAUAAAAUGAUCGUACACUUGCUUGUAGUUGUUUGGCUAAAAUUUUACAAAAAUGGUACCAGUAUUUAAAACUCCAAGAUUCUAUUGACACUGUCAAGAUUAGCCUCCUAAACACCUGGUUAGCAUUUUCAUACCUAAGCUUAUUAAAUAGUCAAAUGAGCAAAUCACCAUUUUUCGCAGGUUUAUUAGUGCAACCCUAACAAAGACUUGCAAUUAUCUUUGCUCUGAAAUGUAUUAUAAAUGAAUUUAAAUAUUUCUUUUAUUUGUCAUUUAAUGUCAAACAUUAAAAUAUUUAUCUCAUAAAUUCUUCUAACUUUACUACAGGUAACACAGCCCUCCAUGAUUGUGCAGAGUCAGGAAGCCUGGAAAUAAUGAAACUUUUGCUAAAGCAUGGAGCCAUUAUGGUCAAAGAUCACUACCAAAUGACACCUUUAAUGGCAGCCGCAGUAGCGGGCUAUCACCAGAUUGUAGAGUAUCUCAUCAGCCGUACAGAAUGCUCUCGGUUAGAAAAGAUCGAGGCUCUAGAACUUUUAGGUGCUACAUAUAUUGAUAGGAAACGUGAUAACAUAGCCGCUCUUGAAGUAUGGCAGAGAGCUAUGAAGCUGAGGUUCGAGGAUGGGUCAAAAACUUUCCCCAAGCCUACAAAUGUGAAGCCAGUAGAAGCAUAUGAAUAUGCAGUCGAGGCCAGGUCAAGCAGCAUGCUUGAUGAACUAGUUUCUGACCCGGAUGAGAUGAGGAUGCAGGCGUUGCUGGUCAGGGAGAGGAUUCUUGGGCCUGCUCACCCGGACACCUCCUAUUACAUUCGCUAUCGCGGGGCUUUGUAUGCAGACAUGGGCAACUUUGACAGAUGUAUCUCUCUCUGGAUGUACGCCCUCGAAAUGCAACAAAGUGCUUUGGAACCUGUGAGCCCCAUGACUCAAUCCAGUUUCUUGUCUUUCGCUGAAUUAUUCUCUUUCAUGACAUCGGAGUGGCGAGGAAGAGACUUGUUUUCUUGUCUCAAAUUUCAAAAUCUAAUGGCUGUUUUGCAACGUGCGGUGGAAGAAAUUCAAAGAGCCAUCGCUUUCAGUAAAUCACAGAAAAUAACUGUUGCUGAUGCCGAGAACCGAAGUUUGUCUAAUCUCAAAAGGUUGAUGGUGAUAGUUUUACAUUUACUUUGUCUCAUGACGCGGCUGGAACUUUUAUUAUCAGGGGACGACAAGCUGGAUUUUAGGAAAAUUGUCUACCGUUUAGUGAGGAUGGCUCCUCUUGGUCUGAAGAAAAGCACUCUCCUCCAUCUUGCAUGCACUCGUGAGACGACUGAUGUAGGUCGGUAUCCCAUUUGCAAAUUUCCUAGUCUGGACGUAAUAAAUCUUUUGAUUGAAGUUGGAGCGGAUCCCAAUGCCCUUGAUGAGGAGGGUAACUCACCUCUUCACAUCGCCGCUAAAGAUGUGCCGUCUGAUCGCCAAGUGCUCAAAGUGUUGAUAGAGAAUUGGAGCCAUAUUGAUGCAUGUAAUAAUAAAGGUGAGACAGCAACAGACUUGUUGCAUUCUGUUCCUCUGCAUAGUAUCGUUCCGCCUCUGAAGUUUACCACUCUUCAAUGUCUGGCCAGCCGUGAGAUUGCCAAAAAUAGAAUCCCUUACAAAGGCGUCGUAGGGUUAGAAUUGGAGAAGACUGUAGAGUUACAUCAGUGCAAAUUUGAUACCAUCAAAGCUAAAAUGGAUGAAAGUUCGUGGCCUAGAGAACAUGAAAAGUGAUGUUUAGAUAAUUUUAGGUGCAUUAGUCUGUAGCUGAAUUCGACCUCAUCAUGGAUAUUUAUUGGAGUGCCUGGCAAUUGGGAAUCAUUUGUGGGAAUAUGGUUUUUAAGUGUUUUAAUGCUUAAUCAUGAGGUGGAAGCCGACGUCUCAAGAAAUGAAAGCCAUAUUUACGUGUAGGUCUUACUGAAUACUUUGUUUUUAUGUUGUAAUCAAUGAUUAACUUGGGAAACCCCAUGCAAAUUAGACGCUUAAUCAGAAUUAACUCUAGGCACAUCCACUAGGAGAUUGAAAUUUAUUAAAACCUCUUUCAAACAAAAUUAAUAAUAGGAAAUCAACUGAAGCCUUUUUAUUUAGUCAAGCAGUUUCAGAAUUCUAAAGGUGCAUAGAAGCUCAGGGUUUUGCUUAAGAAUUUUUUUUAGUUGAGCCAUAUGUAAAGAGUUGAUGAGUUCCUCGUGGGGUCGAAUGUGCUGUAGCAUACUUAGAAAAUGUGAUAACUGUACAUUCUGCUUUAUGAUACAUUGCAACAUUGUUGCAUUGAAAUGUGUAAGGUUGAUUUUGACCUCUGAUAUUACUGUUGCAGUCAGUCAGGUCAGCUUUUAUUUUGGCUCUAGUAAUAUGGACAUUUGGCUCUAGUAAUACGGACAUUCAAUAAUCUUUUGUGAUUAUCAGUGCAAAAACAAGUUUAUAUAUUUUUUUUUUAAAAUCUAAAACCCUUUGUAUAGUGGUGUUUUGAGCAUGUUUGUCGGUUGAACCUUAAAUAAGAAUAGAAAAAUAAAGUACAUGCUUUAUGUCAUGACAUUAUAAUUGUAAAAUAAGCAAUUUAAAUGUAUCUGAUGUUUUAGAAACAAUGAAACUGUCAAUCUCAUAAUGUCUUAAAAGCUUUAAGAAAGUGAAUGUUAUGAAAUUGGAGCAGUAGUCCACCUCUGUCACAAUACUGGGGACUUGAAGAUCAAGUGUGUAAUAAAAGUGUUGUUUUGGGGGCGGUGGGCGAGCUAUUUGUAGUGCAAUAGCUGCUCCAAUAAUUUAUUUAUAUAAGAUAUUUGCAAAAUGUAUACACUUGAGAAAUCAUUGAGAAAAACUGACUGACAGUAUAGAGUAAAAGAGGGGGUCAAGUAAAAUGUCCAACAUUGAGUGCAUCUUGUUUUGAGUGCCCUUGCUUAUUUAUCACUUUUUUAAAUAUUUUACACAAUCAAAUUGUUCACUGUGAUUAAACUGUUCUGUUAAAGAUUGUAAAGAUAUAUAUGGUUUAUCUCAUAGAUUGGGUGGAGGGGUGAGUGUGAAUGAACUCAUAUUUCUCAUCCAUUUCAAAUGUGUUGCCAGUGAUCUGUGUGCUCUUCGGAACCCAAAGUUUCAUGUGUACACUUAUACAAAUAACACUCUCAAGGUAGUGACUUUGUGUACAUGGCAAGUGUGUACCACACUAACAUGUUUUAGAUUUAUCCAGAAUAUUUGUGCUUAUUUAUUUGUACAUCAAGGUUUGUACAAUGUUAUAACAUCCACAGUGUGUGUACAAUGUGUGUGCGCAAGCCCUACUUGCUUUAGAUGCAUCCAGAUUAUUUCAUGUGUUUAGUUACCUUGAAAUAAGGAGCUCAAACCUUAUGGUGAAUUCUAACUAACAGGCUAGUGAAGUUUUUUUUUUUAACCCACAGGGAUGUGUGACUCUUUCCAAGGUCUUGUCUCUCCUUUGCCUUGUUUCCACUUGAGAACUCCUCUUUUUGUAAACUAUUAUCCUCAUUUUCAACAGUAGUGACUGAUUUCAUAUCAUUUGAUAAACUUGACCUCUUUGUUCAUUAAGACUAUUCAAGGAAAUAGUUGAAGCCAUGGUGACAACAUCGUGACAAAGCCUUUCAAGGAAAAUGUGACAAGUACUGUACACAUCAUCGGAGGGCAUGGUGUCUGAACCUUCCUACUUUUGUAUUCCUUUUACCCAACUGUUUGUAGCGCUCUUUGAACACAACUUCAAUGAGCACAGAAAAAAGUCCUCAUAUGUCACUUAGACUGGACACUAUGCAGAAAUUGAGUUUUAUUGCCCUAUUGCUGAUCAAGUUUCAGAAUGACAUUUUUAUUUGAACUUAGUACUUCAGCUUUCAACAUUCCCCCUCCCUUACUGCAUGGAACUAUUCAAAUAUCUUUUACCAGAGAUUUUAGAUCUUUCCUUUGCCUCGGCUUCAUUCAGUAAUUGAUUGAGUAUUUAGAUUUAUAUAGAAACUAUUGUCUUAUUUUAUCUACCAAUAUUUAGCCUCUUAGUUAUUGGAAAUAGUCCCAUACAACUAAGUCUCCACCUUGUUACCAUAAUUUAGACAUGAGUGGAUGAUGAUUGGUUCUUGAACAUUUCAUGAAUAUUUCUCUGAAUCUACUUUUCCUUAUAAGAUGUUAGGUCACUACAAAUGCAUUUUUCAUGCCUUUUAACAAUUGGUUCAUUGCAACCAAAAUUGAUACUUUCUUAGACAUUUGAGUUGACAUUAGUGGCUAAUUGGAAGUUCUAGAUAAAGAAAGUCUUUGUAAAUUGUUGAAUAUUAUCCGAAAAAUUAUAUAGCAGGCAUUGUGUCAGUGUUCAUAUAUGAACAUCAACUAUCCUUGAGAUUAUCCGAAUGUGUUAGCAGCAGUUAGCUAAAUGAGAACUGUAAAGCCCUUGUUUGCUAGAGUUGUGUUGACAAAAGAGGUUCCUCAAUUCUUUUUUUUUUUAUUGUUCAUUUUACGUUUUACCAUGUAUUUUUUUAUGAUUAAUCAAUCUAAAUAAAGAAUGAGAUGGUUUUCUUACCGUCUACUCAGGGUCUAAUGUAGUACAAUGCAAAUCCUGUUUUUCCCACCACACUCAUGCUUGUGAGAAUUAAUUGGUCAGUAUCAUCACAUUACUGCACUAUAAAGUUAGCAGUAAUUAACUUCAAUGGUUUGACUUACUAAAUAUUAAGUAAAUCUUUGAAUGGACAUGUUAGAACCGGUAUAUCCAAUAAGAACUAAUGAAACUCUUAUGCAAACAGGCUUACUUGAGAACGAUCAAUGAACAACUUUGUAUCUGAUUGAUUCCUCCAAAAUCUUAUUUUAGAAUGAGUAGGGCACUUGGACACAGGUCUGGGACAAUAACUUAAAAGUGGUAAAUAAAUAUAAGUUUUGUAACUUUUGUGAACAAUUUUAUAAAUGGUUUUGAAUUUUGUUCAAUUGGAAUCUUUUUUGCAAUCUUGUUACAUAAGAAAUUUAUUUUGUCUUGAUAAGUUAAGUACCAGUAGCUUUUUUAAUACUCUACUAACACAAG